AUGGAGAAAAAUACUGAAGAAAUCAAAGCCACUGAUGAGUCCGAUUUAGUCUUACAGAUUUCACAGUUGCAGGCCUUGGCAGCUGAACUGAAAGUGACAUUCGCAGCCACCUUGCAGGUGCUGACCAGAGUUGAGGACAUUAACGUCUCCCUGGAGGAAAGAGUUCGGACUUGUGGACGGGAGUGGCAAGAACAGCUGAAGCACCUGAAAGAGACAGUCAUCAUUUUUAAGGAAGAGCUUCAAGGAACGACCACUCAAACCAGGGAACUGAGUAAAAGACAGAAGGAAAUUGGAGCAUAUAUUGAAACUCUACAGCAGAACAAAAUCCACGGCCAAAGAAACAUUGGAUCUACUUCAGCAUCAAACGGAACGUGGUAUUGGGAAUACCAGAAAACAGGAGAGAAUUAUCCAGGAGACCAAGCGCAGUACUGUAAAAUGAAUCCUAACCACGAGUGUAGACUACACAAACGCUACUCUGUGAGUCUUCCCCACAGCACCUUCCAGAAAGUUGUGCACAGUGCAGACGUGGAUGCAAGGCCAAACUCACCUGUCACUGUUUAUCCAAGACAUGAGACUGUAUCCCCAGCACUGAGUGAAGGGUUUGAGGACCAUGCUGACACUGAUAGAAUGGACACUUUCGAAGCACUGAACCAAAACAGAUGUGCUCCUAGUGAAAGCGAAUUAGAAACCAACCAUCUUACUACAGAGUUGGACAAGAACAUCCAACACUUGAAGGAAAAAUACCAAGACUCUGCUCUGCACUUUCUGGUCAAAAGGCAGCACACUGUCGUGGAACUGCUGAAGUCAGAGAGACUGUAUGCCUUUUACCUCUCACUCAUUCUGAAGUCCAAUGUUUCCAACAGCGGAAAGGGCAUCACACUCAACAGCAAAAAUCUGAGUGGCGCCCUGCACAGCUCCCUGCGAUCACUUACACAUCUCCACACCACUCUACUAUACACGCUGGAGGAGAGGGUGUGCUGUUGGCAGUGGCAAAGCAUUGUUGGGGAUAUAUUCAUGAAGCUGCUGAACAACCCAGAGGACAAGUUUUUGGACAAUUACAUCAUCUAUCUGAAGGAGCUCCCUGAAUGCAUUUCUGUGCUAAACAUCUGCGGUGGAGAAUCACUCACCCUGACCAGGCAACUCGAGGACAACUCUUCCAAGUCCAGGCCUGACCUGCUGCUGUUGCUCUUUCAGCCAGUUCAUCGCAUCCAGGAAUAUAUUCUGCUUCUCCAGAACAUGCUCAGACACACGGAACCAAAACAUCCUGACUGUUACCUGCUGCCUAUAUGUAUCCAGCACUUCAGAAUCUUCCUUUCCCAAUGCAGCCAUUUACUCCGUUAUAACGAAGAGCUGCUUAAACAACGCAGGAAACACUCAAACAGGAUGACGGCGGUCCAACAGACCAAGACGAGAGGCACUGAGCAGAUCCAAUGUCCGAGGUUGGACGAAACACCCAGCAGACACAAAAGACUCGAUAAACUUGACCACGGCCUACUUUACACCAGCGACCUUGGGCUGGAGUACAGAUCUCCACCAGCAAAGGUGGCCUCAAAGACAGAACCUCUGCCCAGGAAAACCAAGGACGAGUUCAAUGUGAGCAAGACAAGAUCCACCUUCAGUCAACCAGACAAGAGCUCAAUCAUCACUAAUCCAAAAUGCUCCUCAGUGAACUGUGGAAAGAACCUUUCUCCUGACACCCACGAUUUAAUGUAUGGAGCCUCGAGAGGAAAGAUAGGAUAUGAAAGUCCAGUUGACCUUGAAGAUGCAGAAUACAUUCACGAAGCCUCGUGUUUAGUCGAGAGCUCGGACCGAUCUUCUAACUCCAGUUUGGACGUACAUUUCACAAAAACGUUGGACUACAUUUCUGCCAGCGAGUCGCAAGCCAUAGAUUACCCAUCACAGCUCACGGCCACACACCCUGCCGGCCAAGAAGAUCACAACAAGGAGUUCCGGCUCCACUGCCAUGAAGCAAACAUUGACCUGCAUGAUGUUCCCAAAUCCAAGGGCUUUUCCAGUAAAGUUUUCACACCAGCCCCUCGUGACAAUCUGAACUUUCCCGUAUCCUUAAUGCUAACCAACUCUGAUAGCCCAUCUUUGAAAACCAAAGUAUUUGACUCAUCUCAGAUCAGUACAUCGAGGAUGAAAAACUCCCAAAAGGAAAUCUCUGCCUCAUACAAAUCCAAAGCUUCAGAUGUAUGGAUGGAAUCAGAAAAAGAUAAUUCUGCCAUGGUCCUUGCCUUUGAGAAGUCUGGCAAAUUCUACAAGGAGGAGGAAAGUAAGCAGACUGCUUUUAGCGAACAAAGCGGUAAACAGGAACAGAAAGGAUUCAGAAACUCCUUCCGGAAGUUGUUCAGGAAGAAGUCAAAUCAAAAUGCCUGCAGUUUGGAGAGCAAGCAGAAAUCUGACCACACUCACGCACAGGACACCGCGAUUGCGGGAAGCCAAGAAGCUGAAGACCCGGCUGUCCCUGUGAGCACCUUUGACCGUGGCACUGCCGUCUAAUCUCACGUUUGGAAAGAUCUCUGAAAAUUUACAGAAAAACAAAGGCAAUUCGUUGGUAGUGGACAUUGAUUUUUGUGCAAAGCUUUUUCCCUUCUCCACAUGCACUAGUUUCAUUGAAUGGACCUGGUCAAGUUGUUUGUCCCAUCUCAGACUGAUCAGUGAGGGUUUCAGUCAACUAACAAUGAGUUUUGAUUGUAGAAUGUUUAUAAAUUUGAACAAACUUGGGAUAUUAUACGUGCACAAAAGAAAAUGGAUUCAUUGGCAACGUACAAAUGACACAUUAAAUCAGUACUUUUUUGGAGACAAAAAACACGCUAGUACACAUACAACAAUUCACACAAUGCUGUUGGCUGCUGUGCAUCAAACAGUUUUUU